UGCAUUCUGCCCAGGUUGAUCAUCCCUUCUGCGCCAUACGUCUUGGCAACUUCUCUCCCACGAGUCACGACAAAGGACAAUAGCCUAGUCAUGGGGCUUUGUGACCUCCCAGCCGAGCUGGUCGAGCACAUAGCUAGACUGCUUGACCGCACAGACAUCCUCAGCAUUCGGUUGGCAUGCAGGACCCUGUAUCGGCGCUCGACCGCUGCAUUUGCAACAGCUUUUUUCAGCACCGUCAAGAUCGAUCUCUGUCCCGAAUCCCUGGAACGUCUCAACCGCAUCGCCAGCGACGACCUUUUUCGUCGCCAUGUGCGUCAUGUCAGGAUUUGCGAACUGUUCUCUCCCGAGCAAUGUUCCAAUCCCCCUGGACAUGCCCCAGGAACCGGACACCACUGGGUUCGCGACCCGUCAACCUAUUCUCUCGACCCGUCUCCCGUCGCCAAUCCCGUCAUUGGGCACCUUCACGCCAUGUUCGCCCGCCUAGUCAACCUCCAGUUCUUGUCCAUUAACCCUGACAUCGUGACUGUGCCCGAACCAAACCCUCCAAAGAGCACUGGCCUAUGCGUCCUCGACAUGGUGCAUGUCGCUCUCUUGGCCGUGGCGAACAUCCCGCUCAAAUCCUUCCACCUGAAUCGUGGGACCUUGAUGCGCGGGUGGAUUAACAGCCUUGUUCCAAGCAACAUCGUCGAAUCUCUAACACCCCCCUGGUCGACACAUCUGAUUGAUCUUCAACUCGCGUGGCACCCGGUAUUCAACAGGACCCCAAGAACCCGGUGUCCUCUGGUCGACAUUGUCCUUUGCGGCAAGUCUCUCCGGAGACUGUCAGUCAUUUGCCCGCCGAGCGAGUUUUUCAUCCGAGUGCUUGCCGCGCGGGACUCAGACCGGCCACCACUGGAGGUACUCCACUUGCGAUUCGUGGAAACAUCUCCUGGGCAUGUCCAAGCUUUGGUGCUGCGGUUUGCCGAGACGCUGGAGCAUCUCUGUGUUGACCGCGCCACAGUCCCAGCUGGAGCUGAAGACGGGGUGAACUGGAAAGCCGUCCUCGCGGACUGGGCUGCAAAUCUCGGAAAGUUGCAGUCUUUCGCCAUCAGCUGGCUCUCCAACACGCAAGCGGUCCAAAACGACCGCGUGCUCUUUGACCGCGUCCUCGAGUGGGAUGAAGGAGGCGAGCUCCCGUCCGGUGGGAAAAUGCAGUUCAUCCCAAGAAGCAUAAGUACCAGAGAGCCGGGCAGAGGCUGGGGGGUUAUUGGACUGCGAUACUCCAACCCAGGGAGAGGCGCCGACGUUAGGAGGGUCUUUGCAAAGGCCGUUGAGGCUAGCUAUACGGAGCCCGCCGAUGCGGCCAGAUGGCAGGGGCGUCCUGAGGGUGAGCAUCUAAUUGCCGGGAGGAUUCCAGCAAAAGUUGUUAGGAUAUUUGAAUGUCCAGAGUUAGUUUUGUAGAUCCCACCGACGGCAAGGUAAGGAAGCUGGCUGGGAGGAUAUACAACGCUGGGGAUGUGAAUUGGGCUUGAAGGAUGGUUGCGCGGCAUAGUGCAUGGGUUCAGAGCAGAAUUAGACAGCAAAGGUUCACGUGAAAAUCUCAACAGUGUUGUUGUUGAGGGAGAAGAGGGAGGCAGACCGUGGCCGGGAGAUAUUGAGAACGUGCCUACCAUAACCCAAGAUAGCAGAGAGCGGGGGAGGGUGCUAAAAAGACAAAAGAGCUUCAAGAAGCUCCGAGCCUAAAGGUCCUACCUACCACGGCAUGCGUCGAUGAGGCUUAACCUUGUCGGACGUUUGUAGGCAAGUGCAAGUAGGGAGGAUGACUGAAGGCCGCAGACGGCAGGAGGUGAUCGGGUAAGGGUGGGGCAUCCUCCAUGUAAAGGCAAGAACGCCGGCAAAUGUUGCCCCAUUUUCCUGGUGUAAGUGAUAGCGUGGAACGAUAAGGCUUC